AUGGCGGACAACACCAGAUCCAAGCAACAGCAGUUCGAGCAUUUACAGCAUCACGUGGACCUUCAUCAACAUGAAAUCCUAGAAGUAAAAGCAGAUGUUAGUGUUUUGAAAGUUGAUGUUGCUACAGUGAAAGUGGAUAUACAAGCGAUUAAAGACAUGUUACGCACUUUUUUUGCCCAACCACAUAACCAGAACCCCCCUUUACCCCCACUUAACCAUGAAAUUCCUCCAGACCAUGACAAUCAAGAUCCUAGACGGUUCAAUUCCAGGGGGGUCAAACUGGAUUUUCCCCACUUUCAAGGGGUUAAUCCUGCUGCAUGGCUUUUUAAGGCCAACCAUUACUUUGACUUCCACCAAACCCAACUACCCCACCGAUUAUUGAUGGCCUCUUAUCACAUGGAAGGAGACGCGCUUGUGUGGUUCGACAAUUCAGCAGCUGCAGGCUUAUUCCGAGAUUGGGAUGCUUUUUCUAGAUCCUUACUCCUCCGUUUUGGCCCUACAGCUUAUGACGACCCUAUGGAAGCUUUGACUAGGCUCAAGCAGACCACCUCAGUGGCUGGUUACAUGGUGCAGUUUGAAACAUUAACCAACCGUUUAAGAGGACUAUCGGAUACUCAUAAACUGAGUUGUUUUCUCAGCGGGUUGAAGGAUGAGAUCCGCAUUCCGGUUAGGAUGCUAAACCCGGUGAAUUUAAAUGCUGCAUAUGCAUUGGCAAAGAUGCAAGAGGAAUACCUCCCAAGUAUAAGGCGGGUUGCGAAAUCUAUGGGGGACAGGCCAAUCACCGCGGGAGGAGGGACUUUUUCAGCAGGGUCCUUUUCUAGUGAUGCUACCAACAAGUGGAAGCGACCUAUGGGGGGUGCUAAACACAUUUCCUCCGAGCAAAUCAAUGAAAAGCGUCGCAAAGGAUUAUGUUUUAAUUGUGAUGAGAAGUGGAACCUGUUACACAAAUGUAAAACUCCUCGCAUUUACCUCUUGGAUGUGAGUGAGGAAUUUAGUGAGGAAGAAGAAUCACUGCAGGUGGUAGAAAUUGAAGAAAAACCACCACUGGAAAUUUCAGCUCCUCCUACCAGCAACAAGGAAGAACUGGAAAUUUCCUUGGCAGCUAUUGCUGGUACCCCUACCGUAAGAACUAUGCGGUUAAGGGGAAGUAUCCACGGGGCACAAGUGGUGAUUUUGGUGGACUCGGGCAGCUCACACAACUUUAUCGAUUCAGCCUUGGCCUCUAAGUUGCAGCUACAAGUGGAUUAUUCAGUUAAUUUGAAGGUGCGGGUAGCUAAUGGACAAGGCUUAAGCAGUGACGGGUUAUGUAGAACUGUACAGCUGAAGGUACAAGGUAACUUACUGCAACCCCCUCUUCAUUUACUAGACUUGGCUGGUUGUGAUAUUGUAUUAGGAGUCCAAUGGUUAGAAACUUUGGGUCCUAUCACGUGGGACUUUGCAAAGUUACUGAUGAGUUUUGUAUGGGAAGGGAAAUCCAUUGAGUUGAAAGGGCUGAAACUAAACCCUUCAGUUGUAGAGGAGGGUGAGAAGGUUUGUAAGGCCUCUAUAGCAAAAGGGAAAGGAGUUCUUUUACAGAUUAUGUGUGUUGGGGAGAUGGAACAUGCAGAUGGAAGUGUGGCUGAACCUUUUUCAGAACUUUUAGACGAUUUUAAAGAGGUAUUUGCUGAACCUCAAGGUUUACCACCACCGCGUUCCCAUGACCACCAAAUAGUCCUCAAGGAGGGCACUCAACCCGUGGCAAUUGCACCAUAUCGAUACCCGUAUUACCGGAAAACAGAAAUUGAAAAAAUGGUGGCUGAGUUAUUGAGGUCUGGAGUGAUUAGACCUAGUUCUAGUCCUUUUUCAGCCCCUGUUUUACUAGUUCGUAAGGCCGAUGGAAGUUGGCGACUGUGUGUGGAUUAUAGGGCACUUAAUAAGGAAACCGUGAAGGCUAAGUUUCCUAUUCCAGUCAUUGAUGAAUUACUGGAUGAACUCUUUGGAGCAGUGAUUUUCUCUAAGCUUGACCUACGGUCGGGCUAUCACCAAGUCAGAGUGGUGCCUAGUGACAUUCCUAAGACGGCUUUCCGGACCCAUGAGGGCCAUUACGAGUUUUUGGUGAUGCCUUUUGUCCUCACCAACGCUCCAGCCACUUUCCAAGGGUUAAUGAAUGAUAUAUUCAAACCUUUUUUGAGGAAAUUUGUUCUUAUUUUUUUGAUGACAUACUGA